AAAAAAAGACACGGCGGCUACAACUUUCUCCAGAGAUUUCCAUCGCACAACUCUCCAGCGACUUUCUCCAUAGAUUUCCAUCGCACACCUCUCUAGUCUCCAUCCGUCGGGACGCCGCAUCUCGCUUUCUCUCCCAGUUGCUUCGUCUCGCUUUCAUCCUCUCCAUGUCACUUGGGUUUCGUCGGCGUCAAGGACUCCACUUUCGCCCGACGACUUCGCCUUCUCUUGGCUUACUCACCGGCUGUGUCUCUUUGGUUAGAUGCGUUUUUCUCCUUUGUCUUUCGUCGUCCCUUUCGACUGGGUCGAUACCUGGUUCCAGAUCCGUUUGUCGAUCAUAUCGAGCCUCCUCUACUUGAGAUCCUCUUGCUUUUUGGGAUCCUGUUGCUUCAGUGCGUGGAGAUUGAGAUCUAAACGACAAGUAUUUUCUUUUGGUUAACUGGUUCGCAAGAAGUGUAGAUGGACAUCGGGUUCCGGAUUUGUGCUUCGAUCAUAUCCAGCUGCCAGCUUGGUCGUCGACACGUUUAUUUCCACAGUUGUGCUCCCAUUCUUGCUUCGUCGAUUGUUUCGUUUUGGUGCACAGCUGAUUUCGUUUGUGUCAAAUGGUAUGUAUGAAGUUCAAAUUUCGCCUUCUUCGAUUUAUGACAUGUAAAUUUGCUGCAUUUCGUUUGUCUAGCAUAAGGCUGUCUCAGGUCGGAGAUUUCCGGUUGUGCUCAUUGCAACCAAGACGAAGAAGACGACGACGAUCCGUCCACAACGGCUGUCUCCUCUGCGGGCGUAUUGACGCCACAACCCACUAUGGGUAUCUUGAGUUGGCCUUCAAGCAGAUGGCAGAGACCGCAGACGCCAGCAACGCACUCGACCACAGGCUUCACUACCUUCGGUUGACCGGCAAUGCAUGUGCGGCGAGGGCGCUGGUAUGGUGGGUAUGGGAGAACUCUAAUGCUCAUGCUGGUAUGGCCUCUUCCGUCGAACUUUCCUUGUUCUUGCCUCCUUCGGUGAACUUCCUCGAUUCUUGCCUCCUCCGGCAAACUUCCUGGACUCGCGGCUGAUGUUACCGCCACACACUGUCUCCUGUGCUUCUCCUCCAGCGAACAUCCACUGCUCGAACCACCAUGGCGCUCGGCUAUAGAGCGUCAUGACAGCAGCUCCCCAAGCGAUGCAAGCCGCCUGUUUGACGAAAUGUGUGAGAAGCAAAAUAGAGACAUCAAUGGUGUUUUCAUGUGUCUAAUACAUUUUAAAAAAAACAUAGCUAGAUAGCAUUUUCGACAGGAACAAAGGAUUCGUAAUGCGCUCGGCUACUGGGCGUCAUGACAGCAGCUCCCCAAGCGAUGCAAGCCGCCUGUUCGACGAAAUGUGUGAGAAGCAAAAUAGAGACAUCAACGGUGUUUUCAUGUGUCUAAUACAAAUUUAUUUUUUAAAACAUAGCCAGAUAACAUUUUCGACAGGAACAAAGGAUUCGUAAUGUAAUUUAUAUAAUGUAAUUAUUUUGAUUAAUCUAUGAUUCAAUUUCCAU